AUUGUCCCAGAAAGUAUAAACCCUGCUUGAUUAGCUAUAGAAUCGGUUGCCAUCUACGAUGCCGUCAAAAAUGCGAUCAGUUACUCAACGCCAAGCGUUGCUAAAUGGGAAGCUGCUGCUAUCCUAUGAGAAACUAGAUUUGCUACUCGCAAAGUUAGCCUUUGCGAAUGUUAUGGAGGUCGCAGUUCAGGAGAUUGCUGUGGGUAAGGGCGACGCUAGUGCUUAUGAGGGUUCUCUGUUUGAUGUUGACAAUUUGGAUGAGGCUGACGAUGAUCCUCAUUUCGCCAUCCAUCCUCCUCAUUGCACCAGGAAAAAAACAACAAGCAUGCAAAAGCUAUUCUGCAGCACCACUAGGCCGGUGCAACUUUGUCAAAGUGGCCAUUAAAUGGCUAACUCCCAAUUGCAUUUUCACUUUCCAAACUCCCAACUGCAUUUUCACUUUUCAUUUAUUGCCUUAUGUUAAACUUUGCCUUUAAAUGGCUAUGUUCCCUUCAUUGUAUGCAUAAGUUUUAUCAGUUAAUGAAGUUUCAAUUCUACU